AUGGAGGGCGCCGAGGCGGCGAGUCUGCUGGCGGAGAGCGGCGUGGGGCGGCUGGCCCAGUUCAAGACCUAUCGGCGGCGGUGGUUCCUGCUGGCCGCCGUGUGCCUGCUGAACUGCUCCAACGCCAUGCUGUGGCUGACGUUUGCUCCUGUGGCUGAUAAGACAGCUGCCUACUUCCACAUUUCCCUGGAGAUGGUCAACUGGCUCUCAGCUGUGUACCUCCUCAUCUCGAUCCCAUUUGGUCUGGUGGCAACAUGGGUUCUCGACACCGUGGGGCUCAGAUGUGCUGUGAUCCUGAGCGCAUGGCUGAACAUGACGGGAGGCAUCAUCCGGAUGUUCAGCGUCCUGAAGUUCCUGAGCUUGGGUUCCCAGAGUUACUGGUACCUGUUUAUUGGGCAAUGCCUCUGUGCACUGGCACAGCCCCUUAUCAUCUUUUCACCGACAAAACUGGCAGCACUAUGGUUCCCAGACCACCAGAGAGCAACAGCAAAUAUGAUCGCAUCAAUGUCCAAUCCCUUGGGUAUUCUUAUAGCAAAUGUGGUGUCACCUGCACUAGUUCCUGAAGGAAAGCACAUCCCAUUGAUGCUGGGUGUUUAUGCUGUCCCAGCAGUAACAGCCUGUGCUCUAGCAACUGUGGGGAUUCACGAGAAGGUUCCUCCAACGCCUCCUUCGGCCAGUGCCACUAACUCCACCUCCCAGCCGUUCCUCACAGGGCUCAAAAUGCUCCUGAGAAACAAGCCGUACAUCAUCCUGGCAGUGUGCUUUGGAGGAGGAAUUGGGAUGUUCACCUGCUUUUCAGCUCUGCUAGAACAGAUUCUUUGUGAAAAGGGGUAUUCAAAUGAGUUUGCUGGCCUGAAUGGUGCACUCUUCACAGUGUGUGGUUUGUUGGGUGCUUUCCUGCUAGGCCUCUAUGUUGACCGGACAAGGAAGUUCAUAGAGUCCACCAAGAUUUGUUUCUGUCUGAGUGCACUUGCCAGCAUCGUGUUUGCAGUGACUUCUCGGUUCAGACAUCAGGCUAUCACACUGGCCAUCACCAGCUCACUCUUUGGUUUCUUCGGUUUUGCCAUCUACCCUAUUGCCAUGGAGCUGGCUGUGGAGUGCUCCUACCCCGUUGGAGAGGGCACAUCUACAGGCCUGAUUUUUGUUGCAAGCCAGAUUGAAGGUGUGAUUUUAAUGAUUCUGUUACAAGCCCUCACCGUGCGUGUUUCUGAGGAUCCAUCUUCCACCUGCGCCCUUGACCAGGAUGGAGCCCUGGACUGGACAACUCCGGUACUGGUGCUGGCUGGCCUCUGCAGUGCUAUGGCUUGUUUCUAUGUCAUCUUCUUCCACACUGACUACAAGCGGCUCCAUGCUGAGACAAAGAGUGGUGAUUUGGUCAAGGCAGAAGAUACAGCAACAGCAGAUGUUCCUGAAGCCUAACCAGGCCAAAAAGGGGAUGCCAAGGGCCCAGUAAGGGAAGGACUCAGGCCUGUGGGCAGGGACCAUGACUGCAAGUGCUCAGCUGGCACACUGGGAUAUCCGGGUCCUGUUGCACAACAAGCAAGGGCUAGAGCAGAGUCACUGGGGCACCUUUGCUGUGCUUCCCUCAAUCUUGUGUUUGUUUGUGAGUCCGGGCUGUAAGAAAGGCUGUGCUGCCAGGAAGGUCAAAGUGGGACUGGACAGCUCUGCAGGUAACAGGGAUUUUUAGCUGACUUGAUUCAAGCUCAGGAAAUGUUGCAGAGGAGAGGAGCAUCAUAUUUCAGCUAUUUUUUCAUUUUCCGGUAUUUGGAUCAGGGGUGAAGCUUUCAGAGGGGUGGAAGCCAUGCUUAUCACAAACCUAGUGGAAAACUUCUGUUUAAGGACUGUGGGUCUUGUACAGCAUAACAACUCUUCCACUCUAAGGUUGGAGCUAAUUGUGCCUCUUAGCUAAAGGGCGGUAGGAGCUAGAGCAUCCUUCCAUUGCAGCAGGGAAGUGUAGGUAUGUGGUCUGUAAUACAAGUCUGUAGCAAUGAGACACUUUGUCCUCUCCUACAAACAGGAAAAGAAAAGCCCUGCCUGCAGUGCCACCUGUAAAAGAAAAUAUCAGUAAGAAGCAGAAGUUAAAUACGGCAGCAUUCCCCACCCUUCUGGUGCCCUGCCAGAUGCUGAGACAUUCAGGACAAGCUUGUUUUACCUGGGCUUCUGUUGUUUCUCCACCUCUCCUGCAAUUCCAGUGGUUUAAGUUUUCCACAAGAAGACGAACGUGCUGGAGUAAGAUUAGGGUAGUGUACCCUCCCCAGGCCAAGUCAUGCUCUCCUAUAGGGGAACACUGAGAGGGCAGCUCACUUUUUGGGGAAUGACAUAGCAGUGCCUAGCAUGGUAGAAGCUGGCAGGAGAACUGACAAAGGUGACCACUGAGAGAAUGCAGGGACCUGUCAUAAGUUUCUACAGAUGAUAGGGGCAUUUUGGGGAAGACCAAGUAAGAAACAACAUCAACAAGCACCUUCCAGUUCUCUCUGCAACUGACAGCUGUUCUUCAGCGUUAGAAGAGAUGGGUAGUGACACAAAAGAUCCCAUUUGGAGUUCAGUUACCCUAACAAUUGCAAUGGGUACAGCUGGAUUUUUCAUUUUACUGUACUUCCACAGCAGUCCAGUGUCCUGCUUGGUGUUCAGGUCUAGAUGUACAAUCUGAGAACUUUUUACCCUAUAACAUCUCAGUGGUAAAAAAAUGAGAUAGAUGGGACUUGGUGAUUCUUCAUACCAUGCAUCUUGCAAGAGGAUCUGAGUAUUUGCUGAUUGAGGGAACUUGAUGCAAAUUGGACCUGUGACUGGCUUUGUCCAGAUGAUCCCAAAGCAAAGGAUGCACUUUCCCUGAGGAACGCUGUACAGAGGAAGGCUCUCAGUGCCUGAAUUCUCUUCCCCAUUAGCAACUGAAAAUCUCUCCCUUUGUAGAACACCUAGCUGCAUCCUUCUAGGGAGCCUGUUAGUUCCUACAGCUCCAGCCUUGUUCUCACCAGUAAGUACUGAUGUUUGUCAAAAGGAGCAGGAAGAAGUCUGAAACAGGUGAAACAAGAUCAAUUUGGACCUGUCAGAGGAAUGAGAUUAGCUGUCUUUUGCAAAACUAGCUGGUCAGUUCUGCAGCCCUGGACCUAAUACACUGAACAGAUUAACACCAAAUUUACCGGCUACUCCUGGGUCCUACUGUACUGGGAAGCAAGAAGCACUUGGUACUUUAUAAUUUUAUAUAUUUACAAAUGCUUAUGUUUUUUAAUAAAGGGUGGUUU